AUGGCGUCGCAAGGCAGCGAAUCUCUCCGAGCUGACACACCAGAUCUCGCUCAGAAAUGUUCUCUUUUAUCUCCCUUAUGUCCUAGUGCCCCACCUGCCCCAUCCACUUCAACCGUCAGCGAGGCACUGCUUCACGAUUACGCUCUCCAUAUAGAACCCUCUCAAACACACGGCAUCCAUUCACCUCGAGUUUCGACUCCAGUUGCACCUGAUAACAAGGCUCUAGCACCUCCGAUUGAAUCGACUCAAGAGGAGACCGCCGGCUGGUCGCUGUCCGGCUCGACCCUUGAGCGGUUUCGUCAAAAGUCCCUCUCUGGUCGUCGACCGCGAAACGCGCCAAAAUCACUCUCCACCGAUAGUAUCCCCCGCCAGACAAUCAUGAAGGCCCUGGCUUCAAGAUCUAGCUUUGGCAAUGCUCAGAACAGCACGUUCCAAAGCCCUUGGUCGGGUCUUAUCUCGAAUAACAGCACCGGCAACUCCGGCCCCACUGGCAGUGGUAGCAGCACUAAUAAUGGCUCUACAUCUUCAGAGGAGAAGGACCCGCAGCGCGGCAAUAGCAAUACCUCCCGACGACUAUCCGCCGCUUUAUCUAACCUUCAACUGAGCGAUUACCUCGAACGAUCGUCGUCCUCGGCGCGACUGGUGUUGCAGUCGCCUUGUUUCUUUCACCAGCGCUUCGAUGACGCUGUCAAUAUUAAGAAGGUGCUGGAAGAGAUUGCAGAUGAUGACUGGCUGUCGCAUUCACGACUAGUCCAAACUGCAACGGGCGUGAGGGAGGUAUCCAAGCAACUACAACGGCGGCCAAUCAAACGUGCCGUUCGGAAUGUCAUGAUAGUUACAAAGGCACGCGAUAACAGUCUUGUACACUUGACACGAGAGGUGGCCGACUGGCUACUUUCAACUCCGCGCUAUGGAAGUGAUGUGGGUGUUAAUGUCUAUGUCGACGCGAAAUUACGGGAUUCGAAGCGGUUCAAUGCCGCUAGUAUUCUUCAGAAAGACCCUCGUUUCUUAAGGAUGCUACAUUUUUGGACUCCUGAUCUCUGCUGGACCUCACCGGAAAAGUUCGAUCUGGUCUUGACACUUGGAGGCGACGGAACCGUUCUAUAUACAUCUUGGCUCUUCCAACGUGUCGUUCCCCCAGUCCUCUGUUUCUCUCUAGGCAGCUUGGGCUUCCUGACGAACUUUGAAUUCUCUGAAUAUAAAUCACAUCUCAGCGCAGUGAUGGGCGAUGUGGGCAUGCGCGUUAACUUACGCAUGCGCUUCACAUGUACAGUUUACCGGAAAGACCGGAGCAAGGGAGCAGAAGCGGGGGCAGUGGUUGAGGGAGAGCAGUUUGAGGUACUCAAUGAAGUCGUCAUUGACCGUGGCCCUUCUCCCUAUGUUUCCAAUUUAGAGCUAUACGCCGACGAUAACUUGUUGACUGUCGUCCAAGCAGAUGGUGUCAUCUUCUCCACUCCAACCGGUUCCACCGCUUAUUCUCUGUCCGCUGGUGGCUCUCUCAUGCAUCCAUCCAUUCCUGGAAUCCUUCUCACUCCCAUUUGCCCCCAUACUCUCUCAUUCCGCCCGAUGGUCCUCUCCGACUCCCAUCUUCUUCGCAUCUUAGUGCCCCAUACCUCGCGCUCUACGGCCUACUGCGCCUUUGAUGGUAAGGGUCGCGUCGAGCUCUCACAAGGCGACUAUGUCACCGUCGAAGCCAGCCAAUAUCCCUUCCCAACAGUCGUCGCAGAUGGCGGCGAAUGGUUCACCAGCGUGCAGCGUGCUCUACGCUGGAAUACCCGCGGAGCUGUCCAGAAAAGCUGGGACGGCCGCGCUGACGAUGCCGAAGAAGGUGAAGACGAACAAUGGGACAUUGACACUGAACCCUCGCCUGAAACCGAUAGCGGCAUCGGUCCGAGCGAGGAUGGCGACUCUUUAUGCCCCAAUCCGAUGCGGCGACAAAUGAGUCUCCUCAAUAUGUGA